AUGGUUUUUGGAAAACAAAAAUUAUCUCAAUUAUUUGAUUUUACCAAAUUUGCUGCUAUAAGUAAUGUUUCAUUAGAUCCUCGAAAAAUAAUGGAACGUAAUACUAAUCUUCAAAAGAUUUUAAAAAUAUUAGCUUUAAUUAUUUUGGUGAUCAGUUUUAUUGGACUAAUAAUUAUCAUUGUCUUGUAUAUUAUAAGUCAUAACAUUCCAGAUGUGUAUUCAGUGGUGAUUGAUGCAGGAUCAACUUCUUCAAAACUUCAUUUAUAUAAAUGGAUCGAUGAACCAUUUCGAUCAAAUGGAAAAGUUGAUGAAGUAACUAAUGAAAAAGUUUCUCCUGGCAUAUCAGCUUAUAUUAAUGAACCAAUUAAAGCUUAUGAAAUAUUAAAACCGAAACUUGUUAAAUUAACGAGUAAAUUAACAGUUGAACAAAAAAAGCGUACACCAAUUUAUUUGGCCGCGACUGCUGGUAUGCGAUUAAAAUUAAUUGAAGAUCCGUUAGGAAGUUUAGAUUUAUUCUCAGUACUUCGUCAUUAUUUUAAACAGUCUGGUUUUCAAAUUGAAACACCAAAUGAACGUAUUCGUUUAUUGUAUGGAUCAGAAGAAGGACUUUAUGGUUGGGUAUCAGUGAAUUAUAUUUUAGGUAAUAUUAAAGAAGGUAAACAAACAAAUCCUACUGAUACAGUUGGUUCUUUGGAUCUUGGUGGAGCUAGUACACAAAUUGCAUUUGUUCCUAGACAAUAUUCAACUAUACCAACAGAACAUUUAAACUUUUAUCCACUCCGAUUAUAUGGAAAUGAUUUUUCAGUAUAUAGUCAUAGUUUUUUAUGCUAUGGAAAAUCGGAGUUUGAAAGACGUUUAAUGACUUCCAUUGCAGCACAAUUUCCUUUACAAAAUGAAAUUCCUAAUCCAUGUUUUCUUCAAGGCUAUAAAUCGGAUUUGUACAAUGCACUUGAGUGGUUCACUGGAAGUUGUUUAUCUGGAACUUAUGCAAAGAAAACAUUUUCUGAGGAAAUUUUCCGACCUCCUAAUAUGAAUAGUUUUUCAUUUAACGGUAUAGGACAACCUAAUGAAUGUGUCAAUUAUAUCCAAAAACAUUUUCAAACGAAAUGCAAUUUUUCAUCAUGUUCAUUCAACAAUGUUUUUCAACCAGCUCCAUUUGGAAAGUUUUUGGCAUAUUCUGGAUUUUCUUAUGUGAUGCAGUAUUUAUUUCCUAACAAGAAGACAGGAUUUACACUAACAGAAGUUACUGAAGCUGUUACGAAUUUUUGCAAAAAACCGUGGAAAGAUGUGGCUAAAAUUACAAAACCAUCUGACUAUGGAUUUACUGCUAAAUAUUGUUUUGAUGGUUUAUAUAUUAUUCAAUUAUUGAAAAUGUAUGGUUUUACUACGGAUGAAUUAUGGAAAACACUUACAUUUGAUUCGAAGGUUAAUGAUAAAUCAGUUAGCUGGGCAUUAGGCUACAUGUUAGAUCAAUCUGGUCAUUUACCAAGUGAAAGUCCAAAAGUUUCUUUCAGUACAAAAUUAUUUGUUGGUCUAUUUAUUCUACUACUUCUAUUCAUCAUCGGUUCAAUUAUUGGACUAUUAUUAAUUAGAAACUUUUUGUCCAAAUCGAAAAAGUCAUCUAGUCAGUAA